UGCGAUUAUACUUGGUCGUAGUUUGGUGUUGUGUUUUAGCGUGUCAAGUUUUUGGCGCUGUUGCCGGGGAACCCUCUAGGUUAUUGGGGAAACGUGAAAAUUUGUUACUCUAGCUUUUUCUUUACUGCAUUGUUUUCUCUUCCACCUGUGUGCCUUCACGGGUUGCUUUUGCUGGUUGUGUGCAGGUAGUGCAUGACCCGUAGCCAGUCUGGAGAACUACUACCAUUAGACCAGAAGCUUGAACGGACUUGUAGGAAAUUCAAGCGGGCUCUAAAGGCGCGACUGGCUGCGGAGGAGGCGCUAGAACAGCUGCAAAUCGCUGAUGAAGAAGAGAUGGUUGACCCACAUGACCAUGAUGUGGUCAAUCCUGAAGAGCAGACCAUGGGAUCCUACUGGACCGCCAAAGCCGCGGACAUGAGGUCACCUAUUCAGCACCCUCAUGUGCCAGCAAACAACUUUGAGGUGAGCACCUCGGUCAUCACAAUGUUGCGCGGUUCGGUGGUGUUCCGUGGCAAGGAGGGGGAGUGCCCCCGAUCACAUAUGAGGAGAUUCCACGAGCUGAUUGAUGGAAUCAAGAUCAAUGGGGUCCCAGCCGAUGCCAUCCAGCUAAGGUACUUCCCAUUUACUCUGGAGGGGCAGGCCAAGGAGUGGCUAGACACUCGACCCCCAGGAUCUAUCACCACGUUCGCCAACCUGGCGGACAAGUUCCUCACCUGCUAUCAUCCUCCGUCAAAGACGGCGGACUUGCAGAAGCAGAUCACCCACUUUAUCCAGGAUGAAGAUGAGACCAUCCGGGACGCAUGGGAGAGAUACAACAGUCUCUUCCUGAGGUGUCCCAAUCAUGGUUUCAAUGAUGCUUUCAAGGUGGGCACCUUCUAUCACGCCCUCUUCCCAGAAGACAAGCAGCUGAUUGACUCGGUUUGUGGCGGGAACAUGCUGACCAAAACACCGCCACAGCUGAAUCAACUCUUUGAGGAGAUGGCAGAGAACGGGUAUGAUUGGGGAACUGCCAGGAGAUCGAGAAGAGUACCAGGGCAGGGUGUGCAUGUUGUAGCCACCCAGUCAUCUGAUUUGGUGCAGGUGGUAUCGAAGCUGGUUUCAGCCAUAGAUCGAUCUGGGAUGAUUCCCGGGAACGACCAGCAGCAGGCGAUGCACUGCAGUGGUGCGAGAGCACCCAUCACACUGUGAAAGAUUGUCAGGCGAUGAGGGAGUCGACUACAACCCAGGAGCAGGUGAACUUCAUCAAUAAUGCUAGGCGCAUUGA